CUGGCCGGGCAUCCACGCAGGCGCGCGGUGUUUGGGCUUAGCUCCCCGGCGGGCAGCAGGGCGUUCUUCGGCUCCCUGAGUCAGGGUUGGGAGUCCCGCGGGUGCGGCGGCGGCGGCACCAUGUUCCUCCACUCCGUCAAUCUCUGGAACCUGGCGUUUUAUGCCCUCAUGGUCUUCAUGGCGACCCUGGGGCUGUGGGACGUCUUCUUCGGCUUUGAGGAAAACAAGUGCAGUAUGAGCUACAUGUUUGAGUAUCCGGAGUAUCAGAAAAUAGAACUUCCAAAGAAACUGGCAAAACGCUAUCCUGCAUAUGAAUUAUAUCUUUAUGGAGAAGGAUCCUAUGCUGAAGAACACAAAGCUCUCCCUUUAACGGGUAUUCCUGUUCUCUUUCUUCCCGGUAAUGCUGGAAGUUAUAAGCAAGUUCGUUCUAUUGGCUCUAUUGCACUUAGAAAAGCUGAAGACAUUGACUUCAAGUACCACUUUGAUUUCUUUAGUGUGAAUUUCAAUGAAGAACUGGUGGCGCUAUAUGGUGGAAGUCUUCAGAAGCAGACCAAGUUUGUGCAUGAAUGCAUUAAAACAAUUCUCAAGCUCUAUAAGGGUCAAGAAUUUGCUCCAACGAGUGUGGCAAUAAUUGGUCAUUCUAUGGGUGGCCUUGUUGCAAGAGCUUUGCUUACAUUGAAAAAUUUUAAGCAGGAUCUGAUCAAUCUUCUUAUUACACAAGCAACGCCUCAUGUUGCUCCUGUGAUGCCAUUAGAUCGUUUCAUUACAGAUUUUUAUAUGACUGUAAACAACUAUUGGAUUCUGAAUGCUAGACACAUAAAUUUAACCACGCUGUCUGUAGCUGGAGGAUUCCGGGAUUACCAAGUUCGUUCAGGACUGACUUUUCUACCAAAAUUAAGCCAUCAUACCAGUGCCUUAUCUGUUGUGAGUUCAGCAGUGCCUAAGACCUGGGUUUCAACAGACCACCUCUCCAUUGUAUGGUGUAAACAAUUACAAUUGACUACAAUUCGAGCAUUCUUUGAUCUUAUUGAUGCUGAUACUAAACAAAUAACUCAAAAUCCCAAGAAGAAAUUGUCGGUUUUGAAUCACCACUUCAUAAGACACCCAGCAAAACACUUUGAGGAAAAUCCAUCAAUAAUUUCUGACUUAACAGGGACAUCUAUGUGGGUUCCAGUAAAAGUGUCCAAAUGGACCUAUGUGGCUUACAAUGAAUCUGAUAAGAUAUAUUUUACAUUUCCCCUUGCAAAUCAUAGAAAAAUCUACACUCAUGUCUAUUGUCAGAGUACCAUGCUGGAUACAAAUAGCUGGAUUUUUGGCUGCAUAAACAGCACUUCUAUGUGCCGGCAAGGGGUUGAUUUAUCAUGGAAAGCUGAACUGCUGCCAACAAUUAAGUCUCUGACGUUAAGACUUCAAGACUAUCCAUCUUUGUCUCAUCUUGUUGUUUAUGUACCAUCUAUUCAUGGAAGUAAGUUUGUUGUAGAUUGUGAAUUCUUUAAAAAAGAGACAAGAUCCAUACAGCUUCCUGUAACUCAUCUUUUUUCCUUUGGAUUGUCUUCAAGGAAAGUGAUAUUAAAUACAAGUGGCCUGUUCUAUAAUAUAGAGCUUCUGAACUUUGGACAGAUAUACCAAGCUUUUAAAAUCAACGUCGUAAGCAAGUGCUCAGGAGUGAAAGAAGAAAUUACUAGUAUCUAUAAACUUCAUAUUCCCUGGUCUUAUGAAGAUUCACUAACCAUUGCACAGGUUCCAUCUGCUACAGCAAUUUCUGUGAAACUCCAUAUUGCUCAACCAGAAAAUGACAGCCAUGUAGCAUUAUUAAAAAUGUAUACAUCAUCAGACUGUCAGUAUGAGGUGACAGUUAAGACUUCCUUUUCACAAAUACUUGGACAGGUAGUUAGAUUUCAUGGUGGAGCUCUUCCUGCCUAUGUUAUAUCUAGUAUCCUUCUUGCUUAUGGAGGACAGUUAUACUCUCUUUUCUCAACAGGUCACUGCUUAGAAUAUGCUACUAUGUUGGAUAAAGAAGCCAAACCAUACAAAGUUGAUCCUUUUGUAAUUAUGGUUAAGUUUCUGUUGGGAUACAAGUGGUUUAAAGAAUUUUGGGAUAUGUUAUUGUUACCAGAAUUAGAUGCCAUCGUUUUAACUAGUCAGAGUAUGUGUUUCCCCCUUGUAUCGUUGAUUCUUUUUCUGUUUGGAACAUGUACUGCCUAUUGGGGUGGCCUACUCUCUUCUAUGUCUGUGAGACUCCUUUCUUCAUUGUGGCUGACUUUGAAAAGGCCCUCUGAACUUCCUAAAGAUAUCAAGAUAAUAUCACCAGACUUGCCCAUUUUGACAGUUGUUUUGAUCAUAGUUAGUUGGACAACUUGUGGAGCAUUUGCCAUCCUUCUUACUUAUCUUUACUAUGUGUUUAAGAUUGUUCAUCUGCAAGCCAGCUUAACAACUUUUAAAAAUAGCCAGACUGUGAACCCCAAGCACUCUAGAAGAAGUGAAAAAAAAUCCAAUCACCAUAAAGACUCUACAGUACACCAUCUCCGUUUAUCUGCCAGUGAUGCUGAAGAUAGUCUUCGCAUGCACAGUACUGUGAUUAACUUAUUAACAUGGAUUGUAUUACUCAGCAUGCCAUCUUUAAUUUAUUGGCUGAAGAAUCUUAGGUAUUACUUUAAACUUAAUCCUGAUCCAUGUAAACCUUUGGCAUUUAUCCUUAUUCCAACUAUGGCAGUUCUUGGAAAUACUUACACUGCUUCAAUAAAAUCAAGUAAAUUGUUGAAGACUACUUCACAGUUUCCACUUCCUCUGGCUGUUGGUGUGAUUGCUUUUGGGUCAGCACACUUAUACAGGGUUCCAUGCUUUGUCUUCAUUCCUCUUUUACUCCAUGCAUUAUGCAACUUUAUGUAAGAUUGGAUUUAAGGAAUGAUAAAGAUCAGUUAUGCCUUUAGGUCCAGUAAUAAGAGGGAACACACAGAUCCAUCAGUGUGGACAGCAAGAUCCUUUGGAGAAGACAGGUCUAUUUUUACAAUGUUGAAAAUAGGAAAUUAGUUUUGUAAUGCUUGAGGAAAGUAGUUGAAGCAUGGUUUUGUUUUGUGGUAUGACAUCUGUGUACUAGUCAUUAUGAAAAAUCAGUAAAAGGAUAAGGUAGCCUCUGUCUUUGAGGACUCUGCAUAUCAGCUAGUCUGCUUGAUUGGCCAUACCAAGAUCUUCUCCUAAACACUCAGUAAAUGUAGCAUUGUUUGUAUCCUCACCUCAAGUAUUCUCAUUUCGUCAAACUUUCUUCUGAAAAGUGGGUUACUUUGUAUUUGCUACAGUAUACGUGUUGAAAAAUAAGUCUUAAAAGAUUAAUGAAAUUUAAACUGUUUGCUUUCUCAGAAAGGAAAUAGCCACAGUCUUUAGUCAGUUUUUGGCAGCCAUAGUGAACAAAAUAGAUCUUUUGUUUUCUUACACCUAUGAAAAUACAACUUUAAAUUCUAAGGAGACAUGUUUUCUUGGUAACCAGCAAGAUUGAUGAAUGGAAACGUAAUUCAAAUUCAAAACUCAAUGAAAUUUUCUUGUUUCUUUUCAAAUAAGAAUCUUACUUUGUAUUCUCAGUGAAUAUCAGUAGACUACUGAAGAGAUGUAUUGCUAAAAUUUGAAAAAAAUUUUCAUAGAUAUUUACUUAUAGACAUUGGAGCAGUUCAGUCAUUCAGUCUUUACCAUUUUAUUCAAUUCACUGACCCCAUGGUUGUCAAAAGUGCCUAGGGUCAUGGGUUGUUAAAAUAACUAAAUUCCAGUGGUCAGAAAAUACUCUACAUUGGCACAAUUUUUAUUUACUAUGGAAAGAAAAUCAGCAUGAUGAAAUGCAGUACCACAUUUAAUGUAUAAAAUUAUACUAUUAAUGGAAUAACAGUGGAAAAACUGUUACCCCAUUAAUAGCAUAAGUAUAAACAAUGAAUACCUGAAUAAGUUGGAGUGUUUAGCCACUAGGUUUAAUAGUGGAAUCUUAAUUUGCCAAGGUGAUUACUAUUUGACAGAUAGAGAGUAAUAUUUACAUUUCAUUUCACAUUUCAGCUCACUUUUUGGAAGUAGGUAAUGGAGCUAGGUAUCUUCGCCUUAAGAUAGAAUUAACUCAAGGCUGGGGUAUACCUGAGUGAUAGAGCCCUUCCUUUAGAUGUGUAUGCUGUAAAUACCCCAAACCUUGCAAGUAUAGUCCUUAAGUCCCAGUAACUCCACAGUUGUACCUGUGAACUUGUGUCCUUGUUAGUGCCCAGGGAUGUCCUAGAGUACCAGGUUCAUUUUACGUGCCAUUGCAUCUGGAUUCCAUUACAACCUCUCAGUUGUUACUGCCUAUUAGAAGGUUACUCCCACUUUACUGCCUGUAGAGGGUUACCUCACGUCUUUUCUCAUUUGUUCUUCGGGUUCUUGCUGUUUCAUCAUCAGUUGAAGAUGGCCUUGCUAUCAUCUCUGAGAGUUUUAAGUUUGUUUGAUUCCAUUGUUGUCUUUUCCAGCUUCAUGUUCAGUGUUCAUAUUUUCACUUAUGAGAUCAUUAAAGAUAAGUGAUAACCUCAUAGUAGACAUGGCAGGCAUACCAGGCUCUUGUUUGUUUGAUAGAAGCAGCAAAAGGGAUAAAAUACAGAAUGCUUGUGUGUUCAAACCUGAAAGGAAAGAGAACUUACCAGAUUAUAUAUGCACUUUCCCAUGGCAUACCACAUAUAUAUUUAAACAAGGACACAUCUGCCUAGGUUUAGCUUAUACAUAUACUCAUAACAACUUUUGUACAUAUGGUGUUGUAUUUCAAGUUUUCACCCAUAUGUAGUUGCAUUUCAAGUUACAGGUUAACUAUGUCAUUUAACUAUUUCUGAAUUUGAAUUUAGGUCCAUAUACAGAACUUAAGAAAAUUCAUUAAUUUGAAUCUUCUAUUGACAGCCAUAAUCAAUGUGUUUAGAUGAUCUAAAGUCUCCUUGUUUAGUCAUUCCUGCUCUUGAAUAAAAUGUAACAAGCUUAAAUUUCUCAUUUGUGAGUAGUACAUUAGCUUUUUAAAGCAGCAGACUAGGCACAUUAGUUUGCAUGAAAAUAAUUUCAUGUGAGUGUCAUUAUCAUCAAGUCCUAAAGUCUUAUUUAUUCCAACAAAAUAUUUUAUUUUAGGACUACAAAAAGGAUUCUCAUUAAACAUGUUAUAAACAGCAGUAGUUUGGGGUUUUUUUACAUAUAUUUAAUAUUAUAUGUAUACACACACACACACAUUUUGACAGAGUCUUCAUCAAGUCCUAAUGCACUUUAAAACCAAAUAACUACCAGAGAUGAGAAAGUAGGCUCUGUCUGAAGAUUAACAAAACUGAUGUUUCUAUCACUUGAGAAAAGGAAAGUCCUUUGUCUUUAUUUAUUUAUUUUUUUAAUAAAUUUAUUUAUUUAUUUAUUUUUGGCUGCA